AGGGAAGCCGUCCGCGCCCAAGGAAAAGCGUCCCGGGACCAACAAGGUUAUGAAACCUGCGCUGCGGAGGAUACGCUGAAGAAGAAGAAGGAGAAGAAGGAAAAAAGGAGAGGAUUCUCAGAAUGACCAAAUCGUACAGUGAGCACCCACUGAUGAGAGAGCCUCAGCCCCACGGCACCCCCAGCUGGACUGACGACUGCCUCAGCUCCCAGGACGACGACCAUGACAUGGACAAGAAAGAGGAGGACUUGGAAACCUUGCAGGUAGAGGCUGAUGUCGAAUCUCUGAGAAACGGGGAAGAAGAGGAGGAGGAAGAGGAGGAUGACCUAGAGGAGGAGGAGGCGGAGGAAGACGACGAGGAUGCCGAGGAGGAGGAGGAAGGCGACGAGGACGACCAAAAACCCAAGAGACGUGGCCCCAAGAAGAAGAAGAUGACCAAAGCGCGGCUGGAGAGAUUCAAGCUCCGGCGUAUGAAGGCCAACGCCCGCGAGCGGAAUCGCAUGCACGGUCUCAACGCCGCGCUGGACAACCUGCGCAAAGUGGUGCCCUGCUAUUCCAAAACGCAGAAGCUCUCCAAGAUCGAGACGCUGCGCCUGGCCAAGAACUACAUCGGGGCCCUCUCGGAGAUCUUGCGCUCGGGCAAGAGCCCCGACUUGGUGUCCUUCGUGCAGAGUCUCUGCAAAGGCUUAUCUCAGCCCACGACCAACCUGGUGGCCGGCUGCCUCCAGCUCAACCCGCGGACCUUCCUGCCCGAGCAGAACCCGGAGCUGCUGACCCACAUCCAGCCUACCGGCGCUUCCUUCCCGGGCCAUCCCUACCCUUACCAGUCGCCCGGCCUUCCGAGUCCGCCCUACGGCACCAUGGACAGCUCCCACCUCUUCCAUCUCAAGGCGCCUCCCGCUUACGGGGCGGCGCUGGAGCCCUUCUACGAGAGCGCCCUAGCCGAAGGGGAGAGCCCCGCUUUCGACGGGCCCCUCAGCCCGCCGCUCAGCGUCAACGGGAACUUCUCCUUCAAGCACGAGCCGUCCAACGAGUUCGAGAAGAACUACGCCUUCACCAUGCACUACCCGGCCGCCGGCCUGGCCGGAGCUCCCGGCCACGGCUCCCUCUUCGCCUGCUCGGCGGCUUCGCGCUGCGAUCUCCCUCUCGACAGCCUCCUGCCCUACGAGAGCCAGGUCCACCACGAGCGGGUCAUGAGCGCCCAGCUCAACGCGAUCUUUCACGACUGAAAGGUCUUCCAAGCCGCUUAAAGAGAAGGAACCGGGAUGCUCGCGGCGGCCACUACGUUCCCCCGCAAGGAAGGGAGCAAAAGACGGGCAGGAGCGGAGAAAAAGGAACCCUUCCAGGCUUCCGAGACACCUUUUUAUGCGUUUUAGGGUUCUCACCUUUCAGGAGCAACGGAGAAGCGGACAUUUCUCUUGGGCCCGCCGGUCAUUCCCGCCCUUCCUCCCGUCGCUCCGAAUCUUGAUGGUGUUGAUUAGAUGACGUUCGGCUUUCCCUUGGUUUGAUCGGCACAACGAAUGGCAAGCAAUAAUUAGGAUCUAUGCAAUUUUUUUAAAAACGAACACUAAAUCUGUCAGUUACAAAAAAGAAGAAGAAGAAAGAAAGGAAAGAAAUUGAAAAUAUAUAUAAAAUUUAUAUUUUUCAAUCAGCGUUUUGUUUUUCCUACUUGUUCCCUUUCCCGUUUUGGCGUCUUUGGUUGUGAUUUUUUUUGUACAGAAUUUUUAAUAACUUUUGAUAAACUAUUUUGAACCAUGCAGCUUCAUCGAUUUUUUAUACCUAUCGGAAACAAAGUAGAAUAAUAUCUAAUUUAUAUAGAAUAAUUUAAGUAAUUUAAACCAACAGAAAAAAUACUUAGAAGAACAAGGGAGAAAAAAAAGCUGUUUCUUGCCUUAGCAUCGCCUCCGUUCAAUUUCUUUUUAAAUGCACACACACACAGACACACA